CUCAGCCUGACUGAGGCUUUGAGCAUGCAAGCAGAAACUUGAAAGGUAAAGCCUGCAGAAGCAAGGCACAAGUUGGCGAGUAUGCAAUUCUGGCAGAAGAUCGUCAAACCUCCAAACUGCGUCUCCUCGUGGCGUCUCCCUGUAGGCGUUUUCGUACUCAUCGCCUCCCUCAGCCUUCUUGCAUAUCAUCAGACCGGCCCCGCUAUUCCCCCGAUAUUUUCUGGUGACUUUGUAGACUUCUCAUCGCUGUUGUUCGCGUCCAACGAUAGCAAGUCAGGAUCCUCCUGCUCCUGCAUUGCAAAGGAAGUUUUGGUGGACGAAGCGGCCCUCUUCAGGGAGGCGUCGCGAGUCUCUAAUUGCGCAGCCACCUGCACAGUGGACAAGGGAAAGUUGGCGCUCCUGUUUCUGACGCGAGGCCCUCUGCCUAUGGCUCCUCUUUGGGCUCGGUUUCUUGAAGGGCACGAAGGGCUCUACUCCAUAUACAUCCACCCAAAGCCUGGAUAUGAGUACUCUCAAAAUGAAUUUCAAGAAGCACAGCCGUUCAUUGGUCGCCAGGUUCCAAGCGAGGAGGUCGGUUGGGCUGCCCUUUCCGAGCUUGAUGCAGAGAGGCGACUUCUGGCCCGCGCGCUUCUCGAUCCACUGAACCAGAGGUUUAUGCUGGUCUCAGAAUCGUGCAUACCCAUCCGAAGCUUCGAUUACACGUACUCUCAACUGAUGAGUCAAGAGCUGACAUUCCUGAACAGUUUUGACGAAGUGGACUGGUGGGCGGGUCGGGGCCGCUAUGUCCCACAGAUCUUCCUUCCCGAGGUCACCCUUGAACAGUGGAGGAAAGGCGCACAGUGGUUCACAGCAACCAGACACGAUGCCAACCUCAUUGUGGGUGAUAUAAAAUAUUACAGCAACUACGCUGCUUACUGCCAGGCCGUCCCCUUGUGUUAUCCUGCGGAGCACUACUUUCCAACACUGCUAUAUAUCGAACACGCGGAGGGGCUAGCCAACGAGACCAUGACGUUCGUGGACUGGUCCCAGGGAGGGGCGCAUCCCAAGACCUUCUUUUCACAGGACCUGUCACCCGGCGUCAUUCGGUUCAUUCAAGGCCUUGUCGACUGCCCCCACACGGGCCGCACCUUGCAGCACGGGGCGGAGCGCCCUUGCUGGCUGAUCAUGCGAAAGGUCGCUGCAGAAAGUCUCAACCAUUUGCUGAGCCUCUCUCCAGAUGUGCUUGGUUACUGAAUGCUUAUGCUUAUGUUUAUGUAUCAUAGAGAUGCUCAGUACAGGACGAGUGGAGGUUUCGACCAGAGUUGAUCCCUCGUCUUAAUAUCGCCGUCAAUUUCUGCCCGCGUCUUAAUAUCGCCGUCAGUGUCUGCCCGCGAGCACAUUUUCUUUUCACUGACCAUCAGCCAAGUCUUUCGACAUGCUCAGGGCGCUCGCCGUCCCAGCAGCUACUCGCAUGCAUCUCAGCACCAGCACAUCUUUCACUUCAGGGUAAAGGUCAAUCUGUCUUCCAUGCCACGUUGGGCGCGUUUCAAGGUACAUAUGACUAACUACUUCCGACCGUGCCCAAGCUCGCUAUCCAUGGCGAAUCGGAACAAUUGCAGACU